AUGUUCCCUACGCAACGUGAAGUUGGAAACCAAGGCAACACGGCGGAAAUGGAAGGUGUAGAGCAUUUGGGUCAAUAUGUGUUUGAAAUGACAAAGGCAAAGGUGGAGGCUAUUAAGAGGGNNGGAGAAGGUGUUUUGCCGCCGGCUAGUGCGGUUACAGAUGCCGAGAUGGAGGAUGAGGAGGAAGUGUAUGCUGAAGAUGAGGCUAUGGCUGAGGAGGAGGAUGUCGAGAUGAUGUAG